CGUAGAUUUAAUUUAUGGAUUAUUACAUUUACUAAGAGAAACCUAUCUUCGGAAGUGCAACUUUACUCCAUACGAGGGAUGACACAUAUUUUAAAAAACAUAAAUAGAUUUAUCGCGAGUGAACCUUUUAUCGUGUGGCCUUAUUGAGUCUGUGAUGCUUUACCGGAAGACAGACGAAAAGAUCUUGUCGGUCCUGAUACCCAGCGAUGUAAGGCAUCAAUGUGGGUCGGCAACGACAGUCGUUGUGAACUUCGGGAGGAGAUGACAAUUUGCUUUGUCGUUUUCUACUUUCUCUUUUGUUUUUUUUCCUUUAUUUAUUUAUAAUACUAGAGAUAACAUAUCUUUAUUUAGUUAUGAUAAGGUCGAGAUGACGAGGUUUGUUCUACUAGAGUGUCCUAACUGGCUGGAGGUAGUCUUACCGCGUUAACUCAUUAGGCCUUAGGGCUAUUUUUGUGCUGUGUGAACAUAUUUUAUGCUAUUGAAUAACCUAGAGUGAUUAUUGUUAAGUUUGUUUUCUGUUAAAUUUUUGUGUUUUGGAAAAUUUAGUUAAUGCACUUUCCAAGUCCAGAUUUUUUAUGCACGUUGCUUCCACAGGCUUUCGAAACCUACAUAUGAAAGGUUUUUAAUGUCGGCCAAUCUGAAACGGUGCUUAAGAUUUUCGAAUUUUAUCCAGUAUUAUGCUACUCCGGGCCUUCCAUCUUUAUAUGCAUGCGUGUACACGAUAAGUUCAGUGAUAUUUACCGGUGGAAAGGCAAACGUAAGCAUAUUAUAGCCCAUUAUGGGUCUUCUGGUAGAGCUUAAAAAUGUCGUUGUGAGCUCAAAUUGUGUGGGUCGCGGUGCUUUCGUGGCUCCAUAAUCAGGUCCACUUUUGGCAUAGACAGUUGCUUAAUGCGGAAAUGGGGACAGCCGAAAAAACGUAUUAAUACUGCCGUUUCUUAAUUUCUCUCCAAGGCCGGCGACGGUGUACAUAAUGGCUACACUGAAUUGUCUCAUUAUCCGUUAUUCUGGUCGGUCACUAUAUCGUUGCGUAUUGUUGCGUCGAUAUUUUUGAUAAAAACCUGUUACCUGCGUACUCCGAUCUUUACUCUAUGGUAUUGUCUGAAAUAAAUAAUCUGUAGUAAAACUUUGUAAAUCGUUUAUUUCACGUUAAAUACUCUUUGGGAAUGAUUUAGAUAGUCAGAGACGUUUUAGGUGCAAUAUCGAUAUUUUCCUAUUAAGCAGUUCCCUCGUUAAAGAUCUGUCUUAUAUAUCACUGUCCGCUAAAGAAAAAUGUCUUAAAUUUUCUUUAUCGCAGCAAUUUUUUUCGUUUUUGUAUCAUAAGAAGGCUUAUGUGUCGAUAUUUGCUUAUUAGGAAAAUCUACCUUCUAAAUUUCCAAAUAAAGUCCUACACAUAAUCACAUAUACGUUUUGCUAGACAUUUUCUUGUCUUGUCAUUCCUACACAACAAUACAUGUCUAAUGUAAAUCCUUGCUGUACUGCACCCACAAACGUUGUGUGAUGGUACGUCUUGAGCACACGAACAAGUUUUACAAAACGUUGCAACUCCGCUUGAAAGGCGCGAGGACUCGACAUUAGAAAACUUGGAAAUUUUCGAUCGCAUGCGCCAGUCUUCUGCGAUGAAUAAGCUUUCUAUUAAGAUCAAAUAAUUAGCUUGUGUAACAAGACACUCAUGCAGCGCCUAUUUCAGCCGUCAAGAGUUGUUAUUGUGGUUAGAUGUGCAUGAUGGAAUUUACCGUGGUUGUGUUUCGCCGCGACUUAUACGGGCGAUGGUUUGGCUUUCAUAUUUACACAUGGAAUCAUACGGAGAUCAACGUCGUGGAGGACCUCGUUUUGGCGGAGGCGGCGGUGGAGCUAGCUUCCAGUCGCGUCAGCAGGACAACCAGAACCGCAUUUUCGUAGGCGGUAUUGGCGACAAUAUCAACAAGGAAGAUCUCGAGAACGUCUUCUCAAAGUAUGGACGUCUCACGAAUGUUUGGGUGGCACAAAAUCCGCCGGGCUUCGCUUUCGUCGACUUUGGCGACUCGCAGAACGCCAGCGAUGCCGUUCAACAGAUGGACGGGCAGGAGCUAAACGGCUCAACACUCAAAGUGGCGCCUUACAGGGGCCGUAGCAACAACCGUAGCCGUGGCGGUUUCCGUCCGGGAGGCGUCGGUGGUCGAGGUGGAAGCGGUGGUUAUGGUGGGGGCCGCAAUGGACAUGGGGGCUAUACCGUCGGGGGCGGAUAUGGAGGAGGCCAAGGAAGUUACGGAAGUGGAAAAAGUAGCGGUUACCAGCGUAGCGGUGGUUAUGGGGGAGGCCAAGGCGGUUACGGUGGAGGUGGAUAUGGCAGGGAGGAAUACAACUAAGCCGGAGAUUACUAGGCGAGCCCAAUGACACCCAGCCACCAUCUCAAGUGGAUGACGAUUGCUUCUUGACCUGCCAUGGUUCCAAAAAGGUCGUAGAAAAUUAACAAAGCCACCCAAAUGAGAGAAAAAACAACUAACAGCACAAGAGGAGUCACUUAGCAUAGAAGCGAAAAUUUAUCUGCGUCACGAUUUCCAUAUUUAGAUAGCAUAGGAAUACUACUCUUCACUUGUACAUCUUUCUAAAUAUAGUAACAAAAAGAGCAAAUCAAAACAAAAAUUAAUUCGAUCAUACGCUGUUAAAAAUUACUAGAUAUCUGGUUGUACGCCAAAACACAAGGAUGAGCAACGGUAACUUCUGAAGUGAUUCAUGUUAUAUAUAUUUUUCAUUAAUUACAACAGCAACUAUAGUAGGAUUCCUCUUUGUCAACGAUGGCGAAUUGCCAGAUAAAUAUGAGACUCAUUAGAAAGCGACAAGUAACAGACAUUUCGAUUCACAAGAAAAGAUGAUUUUGACCUUUUUAAAGCCAUAGUAACGAUGGCGGUGAAGAGACUGAGAAUUUGUGAAAAAUGUCGCGCCUCAGCCUGAACAUCAGGCCGGCACCGCUCCUCCCGUUUUCUACUGAGAGCAUCCACUGCGCAUCUCACACGCGACGAUGUGUUUGACUAGCACUGAUAAAUCUGAUAACUCGACCAGUUAACAAAUAGCUCAUAUGCCUGUUAUCUAUAGCUGACAAAGGCAUCGCUUGUACCCAUAAACAACAACACAUCACACAGAUAAUAUUGAGAUAAUACCGAUGUCUAAGGAUCUAUCGGCAGACGUUGUCGCCAGGUAUUAGAAAUUGUCAUCUAAUUGGCAGGUCGAGUCUUCAGAUUAGAAAAGUAAAAGAGAUAAAAGGAGAUCAGAAGGGUACUGAAAACCUGUUGCGUGAUGUUACAUGAUGAUGAAUUGGAUGUGGACCUGUAGGGCGCUGGGGUGAAGUGCCGAAUUUCACGUAUGUUUUUUGCUUGGAGGGGCAGCGGCCUGGCCUACUAUUCAUCAGCCACAAUUGGUCUCAGCUACAUGCUAGCUCAUCAUAGAUCAACUUAGUUUUUACAGAUGGCUGCUUGCAAAAGCAAGCAGUCAAAUGUUUGUACAAACAAUGUGUAUUUAACGGCUAUACUUUAGCAGAUGUCGCUACCAGCGUAACAGUAUAAUUGAUGAUUUAGUCGUAGUUGUGGCCUUGUGUUCUUCUACUACAAUCUCUACAGCAUUCUGUAGAGAUUGUUAAUAGGGAUGUUGUGUCAUAUACCAUAAUAGUGCAUGUUGAUGCUGUUACCAUGACAACGGUUAUUGCUUUGACUUCGAUUGCCAUGGCAAUGUCAAUGACGCUCCCUAUGGAAAUGUUCGCCGGGUUUUUCAUGCGCUAAACGUCGGUAGACGUGCAGAGUCUAUGUACGUCGUCCAGCCUUGUUAAACGUUGCCCCUCCGGUGGAAUUUAUCACUGACCAAUGACAACUUGACCAUCUCUGAGAUUUCCGAAAACCGAUCCAACAAUCAAGCAGCAGCCAGGAAAGUUGACAAACCACAUUGCCAAAUAAAAACGACAAAUAGACAAAUGACAAACAAAAAAUAACGAACGAACGAAAACACACAACACAUGCAACAAUAACAACAGAAUAUUGUAAACUAACGAAAAAUACGAGUAAAGAGACAACAAGAAAAUUAUACAAUAUAAACCAGUUCCUACAGAGUUUUGGAAUUACAUUCUGCUAUUUGACACGUAACAGUGUUAUGACAUACUGACAUUGAUGAGUACUGUACAAAAAAGAGAUUGUGAUCUGGCCGGCAGUUUCUGCCAAGAGUUGACAUUAUUGAGUCGCGUAAGGACCUUCCCUGCCAACUCGAAGACACAGGACGUUCAUGCUGACUUCUUAAUCAAUCUUCAACGAUGAGAAAUUUAUAAUAAUAAUAUUGAUAUGUAGCAUAUAUGAAUACUAAGGGUGUUAUCAAAAACUGAAGAUGACUUAAACCUAGAAAACAGUACUAACAGACAAAAUAUGCAAACAACCAAUAAAUGUAGUAAAACAACAAUAAAAUACGAACAUUUCCGAUAUCAGCUGUUUUGAGUACAAGUAGCCAAAGACGGCUUUUUUCGUGAAUAACAGGCUUGAUGUUGUGACAAUGGAUUUCACGUUUUUAUGUACGCUGAAAUGUUUACUGCCUACCCUUUUGACAAGGGCCGUUUUCGAGCGACGCUAUAUAAGAAGUAAAUGUUUGCUAGUUUUCGAGAAAAAAACAGUGAAAAUUAAAUGACAAGGCCCAUCUGAGUCCUACUUAGCGGCCGCCAAACACGAUCUUUGGAAUAAUACAGUUUCCAAGACUGAGGAAUCAUUUGCUGCUAUAAUGAUGAUCGUAAUAAUAAUGGAGGAUAGUGUUUAUGUUCAAAAUAAAAUUGGUGUUGAUAUCUAUAA